AUGGCUACCGAGACACCAACUUGGGAAGCGUUCAAGGAAAAUGCGGCUCCACUCGGAAGGGGUAGGAAUGUUGCCAUACUCGAGAAGUCUUGCGUUGAAACAGAAGAGGACAAGCAAAGGAAAGAAACUUUGAUUAGGCACUUUGAAGUGCUAGUGCAACCUUCCGAAAAAAUGAUGGAGAAUAGAAUCACGCUGGAAGAAGACGACGGUCAGGAUCCACUCAUUCAUUGGCUAUCGUACAUCAAAUUCUGCCAAGAGUCCUUUCCUGCGGACACACAGAAAGAGUUUCUGCUUCUGGAACGGUGUACUCGAGCCUUGGUCGGACAGCACAAGUACCGCAAUGACGUCCGCUUCAUUCGCGUCUGUGUGUCCUAUGCAGACAAGGCAAGGGAGCCAAGAGAAGUGUUUCGUUUUCUUCAUGACUCCCAUAUUGGCACUCUCACAGCAAUAUUUUGGAUGGCUUGGGCAUUCUGGGCGGAGAAGCAACACGACUUCAAACUUGCCGAGAAGAUACUCACCAAAGCAAAAAGUAAGGGAGCCAAGCCCAAACAUGUUAUCGAGCAGCGCUACAAACAGUUUCAAAGGCGAAUGGCAAGACGUGUCAGGAAUGAACAGCAGGGCAUUGGCACCGAAGAGGAUGACGGCGACGGUCGUGAUAGCCAUGCCGUACUUGGCAGAUUGACGGAGGACGCAUUUCGGAGAAACGAUCGAUCAUCCACAAGGAACCGAAACAACCCACCACAGUCCAGACAAUCUCAUCGCAGCCAAAACAUGCCAUCAUCUAACAUGUCGACCUUUCGAGAUCGGUCAGCUCGAGGUCAUGGCAGUUCCAGACAUUUCAGUUCGACCCAGAACACAACCCAUCAAAAGGGCAAAUCGAACAACCUGCCGAGUUCUGCUGGUUUUCGAAUCUUUCAAGACGGGCAAGAGAACGAUGGGUACAACUUGGAUCAUCACGUUGGCAACAACGAAAAUCGACGUUUGGCUCGGGAGAAAGACCGUCGAAAGGAAAACACCAUCGCUGCUGAGCAAUGGAACCUGAGAGGAGGGCUUCAGACUGCCAACGCCGCUUCUCGAUAUGCGACAGCCCCGCCGUCACAUGCUCCAAGACAAAUGCCAACAAAGUCGGAAGGUUUUUCUGUGUUUAUUGACGAAGAAUGUGAAGCAGAAAACCAGCGCAAAGAGUUGAUGGGACAAGCUGAUGAAGACCGGAGACGGCGACACCGCGAUGAACGCACUUUCCGUCAACUCGAGUCUGGAGAAAGCGUCGCAGAAAAGCUCUUCCAGGACCCCCUUCGCUACGUGAAAGAUCCAUCGAGACUGCAGCAUGAUGAAGACCGGGCCAAGAAGGUGCAGCUGGUUGAAGAAGAAGCGACUGCCGCGCAUCAUCUCGUAGACGAGGACAGACUACGUAAACGAAGCCAUCGUUCCGAAGGCAAGAAGGCAACAUCUAGGACUGCUUACGUUGGAGAGCGUCUAGUCAAGAAUGACCGCGGUCGGGAGCAAUGUUUCAACGAACAUCGAGCAUUCUUUGGUCGAUACAAGGUGGCACCUCCGGAAACAAACUUCAACGCAUUGGAACAAAGAAGUGGCAGGAUUUCUGCAGUUGACGAUUCAGAUAUGGACAUUGACGAGAAUAAUACGACUGGUGAUCGAUCGAUGGAAGAUUCAACGAGUGGCGGUCACAGUGCGUUUGGAAGUAGCCGAACGGAAGGAUCUCGCCGUGCUCUUUUCAGAGAGAGGGUCAGCUUUGAACAACUGAGAGACAGGAGCAUCAACGUUUCGCAGUGUAGCUCUACCGUUAACGAAGCGCAUGCAGUUGGCGAAGAAACCAUCAACACGAAACUGGCAAUGCACGAAAUGAGCAUGAUGUUCUGCAGUCCAGCAGAUGGGUUGACACAGUCCUGCAAGAAGACGCGGCGUCUCAAGGGUGAACACGAAGAGCUCUUGAGUGACGUCUGUCACCAGACCAGCUUUGAUAGUCUUCCCGCGACGAAGGGUGCUGAAAAUGCUGAUUCUGAAAACGAAGCUGACGCCUUCUCGACUGUUAUGGAUCUAGUGGGGUGCCACGACCGGAAUGUCAACAAAUCGCUUGUCGGCCUUGGAUCAAGCGAAGCCGUUCACGAGAAUAGAGAAAGCCAAAGAGUGAGGCCCCAGGUACAACAACCAAGCCAAGGAGGUGCUCGCCGACGGGCUUUCGGCGCAAUCCUGCAAGGCGAACCCAGUCCCAAGCGACGUGCUCAUGCCCCCAACGACGGUCACAGUCCUGUCACAAUCCUCGAAGAGAGCAAUGAAGACGAUGAAGUCAAUUCCAAAUCCCGCCCUUUGGUACCCGAUGCCAUGUCUCAGUCAACGACCCAAACAACGGGUACAGGGUUUCUCAUUUUCAACGAAGAACAAUACCAGCAUGAUGCCAUUCCUGCAAAUGUCAGCAAGAAAGGUAUUGCUUUUGAAAUCCAUAGAGACGAUCAAGGCAACGACAAUCAAAACUCUUCGACCGAUGCCAUGCCUCAGUCUACGAGCCAAACGAAGGGCCCAGGGUUUCACAUUUUCAGCGAAGAGCAAGAGCAGCAUGAUGCUAUUCCUGCCACCAGUGCAAGCAAGAACGGUCCUGCUUUUGAAAUCCAUAGAGAUGACAAAUGUGAUCAAGGCAACGACAAUCACAACUCGUCUACAGCAACUACUGAAAAGGUCGUCCUUGUGCAGAGACCACCGAGACCACCAAGGACAGCAAUUGCCUCUACGAGUAAUGCCACCAAGACAGAAGUUCCACACAAGGAAACGGCAUCGCUCAGCGAGGAACCCGAAAGUACUGCACUAAUCAUGAAGGAACUGCUCAGUGCUUGCGAGGAAGUCGGAGAGUCAGAGUUGAAAUCGAAACACUCAGAAUCGCCAGAACCCGUGGAUUCGGAGGACACAAUGUUUUUACUCUUUGGAAACAGCAAAGGCGAAUUCCCAAAGACUUGUCCGUCUCCAGUCAAAGACACGACAAACAGUGCUCCUGCCCACGACACAAGCAGUUCUCCAAGCAUCGACGAGUGGUCUCAAAAAGGAGAUGGCGUCUCUUUUAGGCCCAAGGGGACGACAAUCACCGAUCCAAACAGCUUCGGUGACAUAUCUGUCAUUGACAACAUAUCACUCCCCCCUAACAGAAACCCAAUUGCGUCUCCCACGAUAACGUUCAGCUGCUUUGGACAGCAGGAGGCUGUCGAUUAUGGCCAAACUCUGAAGGCAGCAGAAACAGACGCGCUGAAAAGGGUCAAGAAGUCUGCUUCAGGGACGGAGCAAUGUCCAAGCCUCGCAGAAAUCCUAAAAGCUACUGCCGUGUACAAUCUCCCAAAGUACAUUCUUCCAAAGGCCUUCAGAAAGAAGCUGCUGGACAAUAAUUCUGUUCUGAAGAUUGGACACAGCAAGGGCACCGUGAAACGCGAGCUAGGAAGGGGGGCGCACGGCAUUGUUGUACUCUUGAGUAUGGAUGAUGAACCCAGCAGCACCUCGAUGGCAGUCAAGGCACAAGCUUCAACCGAAACGUUGGCUAUGGAAUAUGAAAUUCUCAAGAAGGUACAUCUUCGAGUACAGUGCGAUCUCUUUCCAUUUCCCAAGCCGUUAUCGUUUGUUGCUUUGGCAGACGGCGGGAUGAUGAGCAUGACGGCAGCAUCGGAUAGUGGGUUGCACCUUGUCGACCUGGUGAACCUGUAUCGCCGGCACAAUGAGAAGAUUGAAGACUUGAUCCCGCUCCAUUAUGCCUCAAGGAUGCUGCAUCAUUUGGAACUCCUCCAUUGGCAUGGCAACAUUCUGCACUGCGAUGUCAAGCCCGACAACUGGGUUCUUUGCUCUUCUCAGGGCGUCGACGGAGCAGACUUGAUGCUGGUUGACUUUGGACGCGCCAUCGAUCUUGCUGACCUGGCAAACAGUCCCCACGACGCCAAAGAUGUCAAAAUGAUCGGCGAUGCAGCUGAAGAAGACAUGAUGACUGUUGCAAUGAAGAAGAAGCGACCCUGGUCGUUUGAUACAGACACAUUUGGACUGUGUGCGAGCAUCCAUGUGCUGCUCUUUUACUCUCACAUCGAAAUAACGCAAGACCAGCGUACGAAGAGAUGGAUGCCAAAGCAAAGAUUCAAACGCUAUUGGCAAACGGAUUUGUGGAAAGAGGUAUUCGAUACGUUGUUAAACGAUCCCAUUUCGUCUAGACCACGAUCUCUGCGUGAUUUGCGUGAGAAAUUGGACAAGCGUCUUGAGUCGAACUAUCAAAAGCUGGACCAUCUCUUGAAGCGGCAGUCAAGAAUGCUUCCUUCUGGUCGAAUUGAAAUGAAUCCACCUUGA